GCUACACAGAGAAACCCUGUCUCGAAAAACAAACAAACAAAAAAAAAAAAAAUUUCUUGUAGGGGCUGGAGAGGUGGCUUAGUGAGCAAGGAUGCUUGCGACUCAAUAUGCAGACAUGAGUUUGGAUCUCUGGCAUGGCCAGUCCUUCCUCCCCACCCCCAGCACCGAAGGGAGGGGACACAGACAAGAGGGUUAUGAAGCUUGCUGCAGUCCAGCAUAGUUCUGGUUCAGAGAGAACCCUGUCUCAAUGAAAUAAGCUCUGUGUGCUUGCACAGCCACAUACACACAUGUGCAUAUAUAUAAUACAUACACAUAUUCAUACACAGGUGUUAUAAUUUGUAUAUAACCUUUGAAUUCUAGUAGGUAAUGUAUAAUAUCUAAGAAGAAACAACUUUAAAAACCUGUAGAAGCCACUAUGUAAUUGACCAUCUUGCCUGGGACCACAGGAAUAGAGGGCCUGGAGGACCUACAGAGCAGGUGACCUGUCCUGCCUUGCCUGGACGUGAGGGGCUGUGCCCCUUCUCCGCAGGCAGGAAGCAGCAGCAGGUCACCUGCCCUUCCUGUCCACCCAGAUGCUCUAUGGACAGGUAGCCCCGUGAAUAUGAAGAUGGUUUACAGCCCUCUCAGGGGCCUCCUGCCACUCAAGACAGUGUCCUGGGAAAGAAUUCUGGGGUGAGGGAUGUGAGCAGAGGGCAGCGCUCAGGAGUCUUCCCGGAGAGGGGAGACAGGGCAGAGGGGCGUUUUGCUCUGACUGUCCCUAUUGGGAGGAAGGAUGGAGGCAGCUGAGGAGGACGAGGAGGACGGUGGGCAGGUAGAAGGAAGAAAGAGAGCAAGCGAGUGAGCGAGAGGUCCCGGAUGGGGAGGAGGCACGGGAGAAGGAGCAGGAGGGCCCUGCUCCCAGGGUGGCAGGGGCUGCCGGUGGCAUGGUCUCCACCCUGAGCUGUCUGCUUCUCCAAGCUUUGCGUGAUCUCUGCCAUCACCUGCCGCCUCCCCCCAACCCUGGUCUUGUAGAAGGCCCUGGUCAGUUUCAGGACACCCCACAGGCCCUCUUCAGUCCCAAGAUAACAGGGUUGUUUAGUUGCUGUAAAUCUAGUGUGGCACCCUGGGCAUUGGCUGGAGGAUCCACCAAUCACAUCAAAGGUAGGAAGAGCUGCCCAGCCUUCCUUUCAGGACCGUCUUGAUGAGAUGGGGUGAAACAGCCCCCAAGACCUAGGAAAGAGCAAAGCCAGAACACUUCUUAGGGCCCUGCCUCACCGUGGGGCUUAUCUCCUAAGGACAAGCAGGCCUGGGAAGGCCUGGUCCACCAAGGGCCCUGCUUGGGCUGGGUCUGGAGGCCUGGUCUGGCCUUGCUCUGCUCCCCAAGUCUUCUAAGUGUCCUGCCCUGCAGAGAAGACCACACAGGAGAGAACAGGCCAAGGUGGCACUGAACCUCCUUCAGGAAGCUUGGGCUGGAACGACCUCCACUGCGUUUGCACAACUGUCUCUCGAGUACGGCCUGUGACCAGGGAGAGCACAGCGCCUACCUCUCACGGCCUCUAGCAGGAUCCUCCCCAGGAUCCCGCUCUAUUGCACCUUGCAACUAUAGGACCCCACCUCCUUGGGGACCCGCUUCCAUAGAGCUCCAGUCUUGUAGGGCCUUGCUCCCAUGGGGGUCUACCCCUAUAGGGUCCUGCUCUUAGAGAAUGGGACUCGGAAAAGCCCUGCUCCACGGUGCCUGCUCUCAUAAGAGCCCCGCUCGCUCCCACGUUGUCCUUCCCCCAGCUCCUCCCUCCCCUCUGCAGGGAAGGUCCCUUUGAAGUAGCCCCAGGCCUCCUUCCCUGGCCCUGGUGUCCUUAGGCUGCGCUGGUUUUAGCACAUGAGGGGCUAGGGAACUGCUUGGGGGCUAGAAGUCCAUUUCCAUGGGUAAGAAGCUGUGGACACCAGGGACAGUCACGCUCCCUGCCUAGAACACGUAGUUCUUUGGCGUGAAGGACAGACGGGGUGGACAUGGGCAAGUUUCUGACCCACUUGUGGGGACAUUUAGAGCAGGUGUUUGGAGUCACAAGACGGACCCAGCAGGCUUUCUUUUUCUUGGCUAGGACCCAAGAGACCCUGGCAGGUGUUUAGGAUGUAAGGAGGGUCAGCCCUGCCCCCUCCCACACCCACCUGCCAUACUUCCCAGGGAGGAGCAUUGGCCAGGUGGGCCAUGAAGGAACAGGUUUCUGAGCAAGCUUCACUAAUAGCCACUCCUCAGUCAGGCAUGUCCUUCUGGAGCCUGGUCGCUGCUGGGAUGGGCCCUUGGUGGGCUCUGUGGCUGAUCCUUACCCUUCCCCAAAUCCCGGAGGGCCAGGCUCCAGUCAAGCCUCAAGGCUUUUCCGAGCUGACGAGCUUCGAGAAUGACAAGUUUCAGGGAGAAUGGUUUGUCCUUGGAUUGGCGGGCAACGCCUACAAGAGAGAGCACCGGGACUUGCUGAAUCCCUACAUCACACUGUUUGAGCCAAAAGACAACAGUAAUUUUCAGGUGACCAACACCAUGACUCGGGGCAAGCGCUGUGACACUUGGUCCUAUACCCUGACCCCAGCAUCCAAGCCUGGGCAGUUCACCAUGGAAAACCAAGGAGCAGACAGAGAAGAUGUGCAGGUGAUCGAGACAGACUAUACCAAGUUCGCCCUGGUGCUGUCCCUCAGGACAACAAGCAGCCAGACCAUCACCAGGGUCAGCCUUCUGGGUAGAACCUGGAGGCUUCCUCAUAAGACGAUAGACAGGUUCAUCUGCCUGACCAGAGCCCAGAACCUCACCAAGAAUAACUUCAUCUUCCCUGAUGUGACCGACUGGCUACCUGAUCCAGACAUCUGCUGAAGAGCGAAUGGUUCCGGCCAGUACAGCCUCAGCCUGCCUCUACUCUCCACACAAAUAAACACACUGCCU